AGAUUGUCUGUACUUAAACGGCAGCAGUUACCGUGGCAACAUUUCAGUGACAGCCUCAGGUAUUCCGUGUCAAUCAUGGACAGAACAAUGUCCACAUCGUCACACCAUGAACAAUACAUAUCCAGAACUGAAUAACGCUAAGAAUUAUUGUCGAAAUCCUCAGAACUCAGGACAACAACCUUGGUGUUUUACUACAGAUAGGAACGAAAGAUGGGAGUACUGUGAUAUUCCUAAAUGUAUACCAGGUAUAGAGUAUUAUUGUACUGUGAUAUCCCUAAAUGUACACCUCGUACAAGGAAUGUUGCCAGGGUGGGUUGGGAUAACCCAAAACAGAUUCUUCCACCGCAGUUGUGCUGCGUGGUCAAGGUGCUGCUAGAGGCGCCACGCCGUUAGAAAGCUUUUGAUUCGAUCAGGUUGAUCUGAGUCCUUCGUAAUUCUGUUUGGCUCUGGCGUGCAAGUAAGGAUGACUUAUUUUACAAAUAAAAUAUAAAAGCAAACUGCAGGUCAGGCGUUUUUAUUUGUUCAAACAACUUUUUCGCACAGUCCAUUCAUUUUACAACCUACAAUCAAUCUGGCAACUUUAUUUUAAGGUAUUUGUAAAACGUGAUCAGAGAAUUCUGAGUCAAUGCUGAUCCCCAUACAGUGCAACAAAAGUUUAGAUUUGACAAUAUUAGCGCUUCAGUAACUGACUUUAAAACAUUCUUUGGAAUAUAUUUACUAAAUCUGUACAAUAGUCCUAGAACUUUAGAACAGUCUUUUAGAGCGGUGUUUUAGGUUAUCAAAAUUUAGCUCCCGCCCGACUUGGGAAAAUCAACUACCUGGGUGGGACGAUAAAAACGGGCGUGUAUGACCCCAACAUAUCUUUUUCUUUGCUACAGUAGAUGGUAGUUAUGGUAACUGGUCAUUAAACAGUUCAUGUUCGGUAACUUGUGGUGAAGGUUUUGAAACAUGGUCACGAGAAUGUAACAAUCCUGAGCAAAAGUAUGGUGGAAGAAACUGCAGUCAUCUAGGAGAACCUGUUGAGUACAGACCAUGUACGAAGAAUCCUUGCAUUGGUAAACAUACUAUUUCUUUACCGUUAACCUUCGAAUAAAGACCAGAAAAUAUAACUCUGAAACUUUAUGUUAACAACUUGACUAAAGAUGGUGGAUAACUCUAACGGUUUUAAAUUAAGCUGUUCUAUGUAAAGGUCUAGAAAAGGCCGUUACUAACUUGAUCGUUUAGUCUGAUUGCAAACACUCUUCACACACAUAACCGAGACGAAAAAAAUAUUAGCAGAAACCUACGUAUUACUAGCCUGCAUGGCAGGCGAUCUAAAAUACCGCCUGCUGGUUUUGGCAGUGUAAUUUGAUAACCGCCCACUUUUUUGUCUGGGUCCAAUUAGCCAAUCAGCAAACACUAAAUAUAUUAAUAAUCAAACUGUCAAACACUCAAACUAUGUUAUUGUUGGUCGCAAAAUUGCAAAAAUAUGUCAAAAGAAACGCCAUUGAAAGUUUCAAUCAAGACCUCUGAAUAAUGACAAUUAAGAGUUAGAAAAGCAAGCGCGGAAAAUGUGAAUGAUCACUGUUGUUUGCGUAUUAAGUGUGCUUUGAAACUAAAACAAGGGGCAAUAGAGAAAAUAUCUUAUAUAUCGUCGGAGAAUUUUUUAUUUAAGGCACGCAAAAGAAACGAUUACGACAGUGGCAAAACCUUGGCCGAUCAAUAAGCCGAUCACGAAUUGUGUUCAGUUCAUUUAGGAAUCGAAGUUAGUCCUACCUCGGAACUAUCCGACCGAGUUUGUAACCGUGUGGGCGAAAGAUCCGAAACGCAAGCGAACUGAUUGCCAUAAUUGGUAAAUCAAACGAGACGUAAACGCGUUGCCUGUGUACGUAUCGAACAAAUAGACUGUUGUAUAAAAACGUCGGUUGCCAAUAUAAACUGUCUCGUUUCCCUAUAAACGAAGCCGUGUGUUCAAGAAAGCCUUAAAAAGUUCAGAACGUGAAGCGGCUAACAGGCCUAGACGUGGUAGUCCUGUUAAACCCGUUGCAAUAAAGACUCUACGGCGGUCUGUAUUUAUUCUCGUUAUAUUUUCUCGCGCCAACAAGAAAAAUGUAAAAAUUAAGCUUUUCGCAUAACCUGUAGGUAGAACGCCUAAAAAAUUCUUGUCAAAUCUCAAACGCGAGCAAGAGAUAGCAGUCAAAGAUUUACUCCUUAGUAAAACCUUUAACUGCUCUCUCUCUUGCUCGGGUUUGAGAGUUGACAAUCAAUUCGCGUUUCGACUUUCGAGAAGCGUUCAUACGUGACAUAUGACUAAAAGCGUAUUCACUUUUGAGUGACAGCGGCUCAGACUCGCAGCCAAUCAUCAAUUCCUGUCCACUGGACGUGGACGGGGAAUUCGAUUACACUGCCAAACCCAGCAGGCGGUCUUUCCCAGGCUUGCCCGAUUUUAGGGACCGCCUGCCAUGCAGGCUAACGUAUUACAGGAAUCGAAGCCCAUUCACAGAGACGUACUCCUGUUAAUUCAUGAAUUGGCACAGUGAUUAAUUAGUGCGUUAAAUUGUUGUUCUUAUGGUUUGUAAGUAGUGGAGAAAAUUGAAUCUGCUAUCAUAUAAUUCUUUUUAAUUCGUUUAAUUUCACAGUUAAAGGUGGCUACAGUAGCUGGAAUUUAAGCAGUCAAUGUAACGUUACAUGUGGACAAGGUGAAGAAAUAUGGCGACGUUCAUGUAACAAUCCUACUCCGAAGAAUGGAGGUCGAAAUUGCACUGUGUUGGGAAAGGAUGUUGAAUAUAGAAUUUGUAGAAGACAACCUUGUCCAGGUAUGUUUCUUUAUAUCUUCUUUUUUUUGGCCUUGAUCUCGUUUGGGGUCGGCCGCUUUGGUCUGUUGACAAAACGAAUAAUUCUAUCCUUGGGUUUAGUGCCCUCAUAUAGUUUUAAACACUAUCCCUUCAUCUCAUCCUUUUCAUCCCUUCUGUUUGUCGUCUUACUAUUAGAUGUCUCCACGCCACCUUCAUUGAAUCUUUCUCAGCACUUUGUCGUCCUGCUAUUGAAUGUCUUCAUGCUACCUUGACCAGGCCAUUCUCUGUAUUCUAUCCUGGUAACCUAUGCUCUUUAGUAGUAUCUUCAGAACAUUUUCGACAAUAUGUCUUUGUCUCUUACUUUGUCUUCCUACUGUUUGCCGCCCUACUAUUGAAUAUCUCCGUGCAAUCUUGACUGGAUCUUCCUCUACGCUCUGCCCUGGUAACCUCUGCCCUUAGGUAGUAUCGUCAGAUCAUUUUCCACAGUAUCUCUCCAUUUCUUCCUUUGUCUCCUUGCUGUUUUCGUCCUACAAUUGGAUGUCUCCAUGCUACAUUGACUAGAACUUUCCGUAGACUCUGUCCUGUGUAACAUCCUAGAUAGUACGUUCAAAUCUUUUUCCACGUUAUCUCUCCAUCUCGUCCUUUGUUCGUCAUCCUUUCGCAGGACGUCUUCGGACAACUUGACCAGAUCUUUCUCCUUCUCAAUCUGCAUUCUCGUUUCCUGAUAAUGACACAAAAGAAGAUAUUCUGUAGGAGGAGAUAUUUUAUUGGAGAUGAUAUUCUCCAAUAUUGCAAGAACGCCUAAUGUCGUCUGUUUCCGAAGGAAAUUCCAAGCAUACACAUCAACAUUCUGAAUUUCUGUUCUAUUCAGCUACAUUCUUCUCCCUAGCCUGCGAAUACAGAAUCUAUUUAUAUCUUUCCACCGUGGAAUAAGCCACAUAAAUAGAUUCUGUAUUCGCAGGCUAUCUUCUCUCUUCUGUAAAGCCAUUGUUUUUUAGCCAAACAUUUAUAUAAACCAGAAUAGCGAGCGAAAACAUGAUAAUAAGUAACGUUUAAAGCAUAAGCAGUCAUGUUCUGCCCUUUAUGUAUAAUACGGAGAUAGCAAACGACAACAACAACUGCAGAAAACAAAAUUACUUACAUUUUUGUCAAUGUAUGCGUUACUAAAAUUUAUUUCCCUCUUGAAAGUACUUAUCGUUCUUCAAACAACCCUCCAUGCAGUAGCAAUAGUCAGUGAAUUCACAUUAACCCCCCACACGACUUGGAACGUAUUUAUGAGCCGUGAAGAUGAUGUAAAUAACGUAGAAGUUUGAACAACUACGACUUACUAGAAUGCUCAAGGGAAUACAUUUUAUAGUUGCCUUUGACUUAGAGUAAAAAUUCUAUAAUUUCUAUUAUUGAUGAGCACGUCUUUAUUGACAUAAGACAUUGCCGUUGUAUUUGCCAAACUCAGUAAUAUACAAGUACAAACCAAAGGGGGGGGGGGGGUCAUUAACUUUUGAUAGUUUUAUUUCUUAUAGUAUAAUUCGCAUAAUAUAAACUCAUAACAUGUAUAUACUCUAUCUCUAAAAUCCCGUGUCCUACACCUAUUUUCGCGCCCUUUUCCCUCGUUCCCAGUUUUCCCUGUCCGAGCAAAUAUAACUAAAAUAUUAAUGUCAACAGUAAAUGUCCAACAUCUCCUCUUCUCUGAAAGUUUUUUUCUUUAUAAAUAUACCGUAUAUACCGCGUUCGCUUAUGUGUCUAUACCUAGUCUGUCAGGUUUUUUAACUAACCGUCCACUACGGGUUUUGCUUGUAGAACUUGUUUCGAUACUUGUUUCAUUGCGUUAUAAGUGUGCCGGUUGAGGGUUUUCUUGGGGCAGAUCAUUGUCAGUAGGUACAGAAACGUUCUCUUCCGCUUCGGACAUGUCUGACAUCUCUUCAUCUGCGUUGUCACUACCGAAUUCUGCAGGUAACCUUGAUCGUCGGAUGAAUUUUCUGUUUCUAGUAUAGGUAUACCCUUUGCAUUGGACUUCAUAUGAUCUUAUCCCGGCUUUGCGUACGACUAUCCCUCUCUUCAAUUUCUUUUCGCCGAUUCGUGUUGGCUGUAGUCUCACCACUUCUCCUUUCCGCAACGGGCUGAGUUCUUUUGCGCCACGAUCGUGGUAUUUCUUUUGGAGCUGUUGUCUUUGUUGAAUGCGUUUGUUUGCUUGCGAAUUAAUCUUCGGUUGGAGCAACUUCUCCGAGACGGGCAAGGGAGUCUUUCUACGGCGGUUAAACAGUCGUUGUGCGGGGCUUGUUUCAUGGGUUGUUUGGGGGGUGUUUCGGUGGGCAAGAAGGGCAAGGUAAAUGUCAUCGUUUGAUGAUUUGCAUGUUCGAAUUAUUCGUUUGGCUUGCUUGACGGCAGAUUCGGCUUUGCCGUUGGAUUGGUGGUGAUAGGGACCGGUCGUUAUAUGCUCAAAUUGGUACUUCAUAGAGAAGUCUCGAAAGUCAUCACUGAUGAAUUGUGGGCCGUUGUCUGUCACGAGAGUAUUUGGAAUACCGAACCUGGCGAAAUGGGGCUUUAGUUUCUUUAUGACUGCCAGUGAUGUCAAUUUUUCAAGGCGGUCAACUUCGAAGAAGUUCGAGUAGUAGUCCACUGUUACUAAAUACGAUUUCUUUUCAAAUUCAAAGAUAUCACAACCGAUUUUUGCCCAUGCUCUCUUUGGUGUUUCACGCGGGAUGAGAGAUUCUUUCGGCUGCUUGGAAUUGAAUGUGUCGCAGGUGAUGCAAUGUGAGAUGUGGUCUUUCAAUUCUUGGUUCAGGUGUGGCCAGUAGGUUUUUCUGGCUCGCCGACUUGUCGAUGCGAUCCCUUGGUGUGCUGCAUGCAAUUCAUUCAGUACUUGCUUUCGUAGUGAUUUUGGGAUAACGACGCCGUCUCCCCUGAACACGAGGCCCUCUUGUGUUGUUAGUUCGUCUCGUAGAUGGAAGUACGGGGUGAUUGUUGGAGAUAGAUCUUUGGAGCUUUCGGGCCAUCCUGACUGGAUGAAUGAUUUGACUUGCUGUAGGUCUUGAUCUUUUGUUGUGUGGCCUUGGAAUAUGGUUAUUGUUUCACAAUUUAGUAUUUCGUUGAUUUCUUCCAAACUGUCCACUUGGUCGAGAUCGCUGUCGACGCUGCGUGCUUCGUCGGUGGAGUUGUCUAAAUGGUGACGACUGAGUGUGUCAGCUAGCAGCAUCUCUGACCCUUUCUUAUAAACGAUGGUUAAGUUAAAUUGGUGUAAUCUCAUCAUCAUCUUUUGAAGACGUCUAGUUGCUGCUGACAGAGGUUUCUGAUGAAUGACUUCGAGCGGCUUGUGGUCUGAUUCUACUGUGACUGGUCGGCCAUAUGUAUACUGGUGAAAACGCUCGGUUCCAUAAACUAUAGCUAACAGUUCCUUUUCUAUCUGGGCGUAUUGUUUCUCCGCGUGCGUCAAUGCUCGGCUGGCAAAAGCGACAGGCUUUCCCUCUUGAAUGAGUGCGGCCCCCAGUCCGUGGUCGCUAGCGUCACACUGUAUUAUCAGAGGUAGUAUUAUCGUAUUACUUGAGGACUGGCGGUUCUGUGAUCAAUUUCUUUAUUUGGGUGAAAGCGGCGUCAUGCGAUUUGUCCCAAUCGAAAGGCUGAUUUUUUUGUGAGUUGUCGUAGUGGUUCAGACACUUGUGAGAGGUGGGGAAGGAACUUGGCAAGAUAAUUAACUGUUCCGAGGAUUCUUCUGACUCCAGCCACGUCUGUGGGUUGCUUCAUUUCUAGUUUGGCUUGUACUUUAGCAGGAUCCGCUUGGACACCGUCAGAGGUAAGAAUGUGGCCAAUGUAUGGCAUUGAGGUCUUCUUCAACUAAAUCUUGUUUGGGUUAAGCUUGAUAUGUUUAGCUCUGCAGCGAUCGAAUAGUUCCUUGAGCUUUCUGUCAUGGUCGGCUACAGCUUUCUGCAUCGUCUUUCCAUUUCCUAUUACUAAAAUGUCAUCAGCAACAGUCCGUACACCAUCCAAGUUAUCAAUUGCCUGGUCUAGUCGUUGCUGGAAAAUCUCUCCUGCAGGGGAGAUCCCGAAAGGCAUCCGUUGCCAUUUAAAUCGUCCAAAUGGAGUGUUGAACGUCGUUAAAAGAGACGAAUCUUCGUCUAAUUCUACUUGCCAAUAUCCGUUGCUACAGUCGACUUUGGUAAAGACUUUUGCAUUGGACAGUUCUGGAAGUACGUCGUCAAUUGUCGGUAUUGGAUGGUGGUAUCGUUUCAGCGCUUUAUUGAGUGGUCUGGGAUCGAGGCAUAAUCUAAUUUUUCCAUUGGUUUUUGGUGCAACAACAAUUGCGCUGACCCAGUCUGUUGGAUAGUCUACUCGUUCUAUGACCUCAAGCUUGACAAGUUCGUCCAAAUGUUCUUGCAACGGUUACUUCAGCGACUCUGGGAUUUUUCUUGGUGGGAGUUGGACAGGCGACAUUUCAGGAUCAACUUCAAGAUGCAGUGCUGGACCUAAGGUGCCAAGACCUUCAAAAACAUCUUGGUAUAUGUCUUUGACGUUUUGCAUUGUCAGUCCCAUUUGAUCAGGCCGACUCAGGUCUUCAUUAAUUUGAUCGACAUGAAUUGGGCUCCCAAUUUGAAUCAAAUUCAUUUGUUGCACGGUGCGGCAGCCAAGAAGGUUACUUUUUGCAUUCUGGUCAUCAAUAACAGUGAAUGGUACUUUGAAAUUUUGCUUUGUAAUUGGGUCUUGUACUUGUAUUUUGCACUUUCCAAGUGGUGUGAGUGAUGAGUUGUUGCACAUCUUGAGAACAUGUGCCGUAGGUUUGAUGCGCCGUUCACAUUUAGUGCCUUUUAAUUCACUCUUUUUUAGGACAUUGCAGGUUGCCCCUGUAUCGAUUUGAAAUUUGGUUGUCUUCCCCCCUUUUAUUUUCAUGGUAGCAAAAAUCCGUGAUUUGUAAAUAUUCGGUUGGUGUAUUGUAUUGAUGGUAUCAUUCUCGGUGGGGUCUAGUUCGACAGUCAUAAGCGAGUCGCCUGAAUUACUUGAGUCGUUUUCAGUUACUGCGUGAAGUGGCUUUUGGCGGGAAUAUCUUUCUUUCUGCAUACAAACUUUGGCGAAGUGAUUUUCGCGACCACAAUUCCGGCAGCGGGACAUAAUUCCUUUUUUCGUUGGUGCACUGUUCCACAAUAUUUGCAUUGAAUUUUGUUGUCACGCCCCCCGUCACGCCUAUCAAGUCCGAUACGCCAGUCAUUGCGUCUUCCGGUUCCUGUGCUUCCCGUUCCUGUGCUUCCGGUUUCGGUUUUGUUGUUUACAAUGGCUUUGAUUUCGCCCUCAUUUGCUUUGCUGUUCGCCUGGAUUUUCUUGACUUGUUUCUUCGUGGUCUCGCUACUGCGACAGAUGUCGAUGGCUUUUGUCAAGGUGAGUUUUCGAUCUUGCAAUAGCUUUUUUUUAGUUGCAUUAUCGUUGAUUCCUAUGACCAGGUGAUCGCGUAUCAAAGAAUCUCGUAAAAAAUUACAGAAAUUACAAGAUUGUGCCAAAGUUCGCAGUGCUGUUACGUAUUGGUCGACUGUUUCGUUUUCAUUCUUUUGUCUGCUGUUGAAAACGAAUCUCUCAAUUGUUUCACCUAAGCAUAACUCUUUAAAUUUGGUUACAACAAUGUCAAAUUUCGUGCGGUCUUCUUCCGAGGCAAAAUCUAAGCCCUCAAAAAUUUCCAUUGCGUCCUCGCCGAUGCACGAAAGGAACGUUGCUGUUUUGAAUUCAUCUUCAAAUCGGUUAAGUCUUGCCACUAUAGCACAGUUAUCCCCAAAUCGCUUGAAUUUCUUCCAGUUUGAGGCAAGGUUUCCUUCAGUUUUUAAUGGCUUAGGCAUGGCCAAGCCCGCUGGCAAUAAUGGUUGACAUGCCGAGGCUGUGUUCGGCGUGUUUUCUGCUUCGCUACCGUUCGCUUCUUCUGUCGCUUUCAAUAAUGUGAGCUGGCUUCUUUUAAACUCCUGACACCAUGUUAUUUGCUUCUCACUUUCAUUAACUUUUGAUAGUUUUAUUUCUUAUAGUAUAAUACGCAUAAGAUAAACUCAUGUAUAUACUCUAUCUCUAAAAUCCCGUGUCCUACACCUAUUUUCGCGCCCUUUUCCCUCGUUCCCAGUUUUCCCUGUCCGAGCAAAUAUAACUAAAAUAUUAAUGUCAACAGUAAAUGUCCAACAACCUUUAUCCCCCCAUUAACUUGCAUAUGUACAUGAGAGGUUAACCAUUGAACCGUUUUAGUUGAUGGUAACUAUAGCGACUGGACUACAUCGUCAGUAUGCAGUGUGACGUGUGGAGUGGGCUACCAGAUGUGGUUCCGGACAUGUGAUAAUCCACCUCCCAAAUAUGGUGGAGAAGUUGUUCCAAAUAUGGUAAAGACAGAGACAGUAGGCCUUGCCACACGGAAGCUUGUCCAGGUUAGUCGUUGAGUUGUUUCAGUUGUUUAUGGUCAUCCAUAAUCACCAAAAUUUUUACCAGAUCUAAAAAAGUGGAAUCUCUGCCUCUAGCCUCUGGUUUGUACUCUUUUGUCGGAAGCCCAAAGAGAAGCCAAUCAAACUCUACUUGCAUAAGUUUUCAAACACAAAGCUUAACUCACAACAUCUCUACUCUAGCAACGUCAGCUUCUGCUAAAGUGAUGAAAAUCAUAUGUGGUGUUUGUGUUUCGAUCAUCAUAAUGGUUAUUGGUUUAAUUCUUGUUCGUAGGUUGUUUAGGGUCAUCCAUAAUCACCUAAAUUUAGUGCUGUACAAACUCCGGGUUUUUCACCUCCAGCUCCGGCCAAAAAACUGCAGCUCCGAGAAAAAAAACUCCGGCUCCGGCAGAAAAUUUUUAGCUCCGGCAAAUUCAUGAAAAUUCGAAAUUUAAGGGAAAUGUCACAUUUCAAAGUGGAAGCACUAUCUUUGUUUUUGAUUUUCACACUUCGCAUGAACAUCUCGUGCUGUAUUUUUUUGUAUGUUUUGAUGUUAUGUACUCAGGUGAAUAUAAUUGUUUUUAUGUUACUCUGAGUGUUUAUCCACACCGGGUAGGCUGUAAAGUAAGCCUGAGCACGGUGGGAAUCGAACCCGCGACCUUUGGGAUACUAGUCCAAUGCUCUGCCAACUGAGCUACGAGGCCAAGUCGGUUCGAGUGUGAUAUUUCGGAACUAAAUCUAGUACCUUCGAUACCAAUGUGUUGUAUGAUGAUGAUGAUAUUUUUAGACUUAGUUCCGAAAUACCACACACUCGAACCGACUUGGCCUCGUAGCUCAGUUGGCAGAGCAUUGGACUAGUAUCCCAAAGAUCGCGGGUUCGAUUACCACCGUGGUCAGGCAAACUUUUCAGCCUGCCCGGUGUGGAUAUACACUCAGAGUAACAUAAAAAACAUUUCGUACUAUGUUUGUGGCAGGCCUAAGCAGUAUCAGUGUGAGUGUUUACUUUUUCGCCGAAGUCCGAGAGUAGUUUGCAGCAGAAAAUAAGUGCUGCCGGAGUUUUGCCCGAGUUGAAGAAGCUCCGUCAAAAUAGGCCAAAACUCCAGCUCCGGCGCACAGCACUACCAAAAUUGUCACCAGACCUGAAAAAAGUGGGAUCCUGGAUCCUUAUAGGAACACUGGCCUUAGCAAGGAGAAUCAAGAACAUUUUCAAUUUUCCACGCAUAUGUUAUGGGAGAAUCUUAAGGAAUCAUUUUAUCAUAUUUUCUGCUCUUUCAUUUGAGAUUGUGAACAGUUGUUUAAUGUUAAAAUUUUGUGUAAUGUAUAAAGUCUAAUUUUCCAUUGUUUUUACGCACUUUUGAGGAAAAUUUGAGAAAGGCAAAUUCAGGAUCCAAGGAACAUUUUAAUGUUUAAUGAACAGUUUAAUAUUUAAAAAUACACUUUCCAGGUCUGAUUUUUACAGGCGUACAAAGUGUUUCUCGACCUCCCUCCCGAAGCGUUCUCUUGAAUGUUGAACCUCAGAAAUAAAGAUGAUGACGUUUAACAUAGUAUAUAGUGUAUGUUGGUCAUUAACCAGCCCCUCCACUCACCAUCACCACCACCACCAUCACCACCACCACCGUCAUCACCACUACCACCAUCACCACUAGGUCCACUACCGUCAUCACCACUACCAUCGCUACCAUCACCACCACCACAAAGCCUCUGAUUUGUACUCUUUUGUCAGAGCACAGAAGAAGCCAAUCAAGCUCUACUUGUAUGAGUUUUCAAGCACAAAACACUCACAACAUCUCUAUUAUAGCAACGUCAGCUUCUGCUAAAGUGAUGAAAAUCAUAUGUGGUGUUUGUGCUUCGAUCAUCAUAAUAGUUAUUGGUUUAAUUCUUGUUCGUAAACGUAAACUCUGGAUUGAGCGAUAUCACAAGAUAGGCAGUAAGUUUGUAUUGUAACAUUACUCAAUACAGCCUUCAGGAAAUAAAGAUAAUUUGCACACCCCCACUUACUGACUUACCUACGUAUAUAAUCUCAUCCAAUAGUUGUUAAUCAAAUAUUUACAGGCAUUCGUCCAUAUGCAGUCUUUCGGCAACGAUGGCCAGAAAAUGUUCCAUCAACUAUUGAUGAUACAACGGGAGAAAACAUAUAUGAAGAAAUAUUUUAAAAGCGUAGAUGAAUUAAAUAGAACGACAGCGGAAGAUCGUAUGUAUGAAAGCAUCACUUGAAAGUGAAUUUUGUAAUUCUCCUUUUAGUGAAUUCCGACACCAUAACGACAUUGCAAAUUUGCAAUGCAUCGUCUCUUCAACGGUAUUGAACGGCCAUCAUUUUACAAUAUAUAUAUAUAUAUAGCUAGUAUGAAGAAAAUAUAAAAUAAAAGAAAUUCCGAGAAAAUUGCAUCUUGCAAAUCCAU